GGUGGGGUUGGGAAAGCCGGCUCCCCGGGCGGAGGGAGGAAGGAGGGGGAAAGGUCGGGGCGUCCGUCCGUCCCGGUGGCUGGGCCUUGCCCAACUCCUCCCUGCUCGCCCCGGAACCAGUCGGACCGGUCGGUCAUCGUCGGUGGCGUCUCCCUUGGGCUCCAUGGCCUCGUCCGGGCCGCAGCCUCCCGCCCCCUCGGGUCCCGGGACGGGCCUUUCCUCCCCGGUGACCGCUCCGGCCUCCUCGGUGACCCCUCGUGCGGCCUCCUCCUCGGUGACCCCUCGUGCGGCCUCCUCCUCGGUGGCCCCUCGUGCGGCCUCCUCCUCGGUGGCCCCUCGUGCGGCCUCCUCCUCGGUGACCCUUCCUCAGGCCUCCUCCUCCUCCUCGGUGACCCCUCCUCAGGCCUCUUCGGGCCUAGGCCGCUGCCGGGCGGCGCUGGUCCUGGCGGUGGCCCUGGACGUGGCUGGGAUGGCCGCCCUGCUGACCGGCGUCUUCGCCCGCCUGCAGGCCCACGGCCGGGAUUUCGGGGACCUGCUCAUCUACUCCGGGGCCCUCCUGGUCUUCCUCAGCCUCCUGGGCUGGAUCUUCUGGUACACGGGCAACAUCGAGAUCUCCCGCCUGGAGCUGCAGCGUGACUACGGGCUGAGGCCCGGGACCCUGGCCCGCUUGGCCCGCAAGCUGUCCCGCCGCUGGUCCCAGCAGGCGACCACCGGAGUGGGGGCUUCGGCCCGGCACAAGGGGGGACCCCCGCCCGGCUGCCGUGUCAGGCUGCAGCUCGGUGACAUGAAGGGGGAAGCAGCCGGGGCAGCCGCCACCGCCCUCCAGUGAGGGGUCAAAGGCCCCCUCUCCCCCCAACCACCGCUUUGACCGCAGAGACCCUCUGAGGGGACGGCGCAGAGACAGAGGGGGAGAUGGGGAAGCACGCCUGGGAUGGAGCUCCCAGGUCAGAGACCCCCUUCUUACCCAUCAGCUCCUCUCAGUCCCCAUUUCUCUUCCACUUCCCUGCCCUUUGCCGUUUAAACUGUGUGAA